AUGGUGUAUGUCCUUGGCGGUGACGGAGUGAUUCAGUUACGAUACAGCUACAGAUCAGCUACGGAUUCCUACACGUUACAGGUAAGGUCGGUAGUCGGUUGUCGUUGUCGACGUAUUCAAUUACUGCUCGCUGCUGCUGCUGCUGCUGCUGCUGUUGUUGUUGUUGUUGUUGUUGUUGUUGUUCCAGUUGUUGUUGUUGUUGUGGCUGCUGCUGCUGCAGCAGCAACCGUUGACGAGGCGGGGGCGUGA